AGCUCCUCUUACACGGAGGACUCACCUUUCAACACUUUAAGGGAACUUUUGUACCAGGUUGUACCUCAUGGAGGGCAGGAUCACCUGUGGACUGUGGCUGCUUGUCUUUCUCUGUGGAUGCGGACGACUGUCGGCUUUUAACCUGGACACCGACAAUGUCCUGCGGAAGAACGGGGACCCUGACAGCUUAUUCGGCUUCUCUCUCGCCAUGCACCGGCAGCUUGAUCCGGUGGAUAAAAAAAUGCUGCUGGUUGGUGCCCCGAGAGCAAAGGCCUUGAACGGUCAGAAAGCUAAAGUGACAGGAGGACUCUACAGCUGUGAUAUGAGCUCCACAUCCACUGGGUGCACCAGAAUUGACUUUGACAAUGACGAGGAUUUAACAAGAGAAAGCAAAGAGAACCAGUGGAUGGGAGUGACAGUCAACAGUCAGGGGCCAGGAGGCAAGAUUGUGACCUGUGCCCACCGGUACCAGCACAGAGCCAACGUGAACACACCCAUCGAAUCCCGUGACAUUAUUGGCCGUUGCUAUGUGCUGAGUCAGGAUUUGAAAAUCUAUCCCGAUGUAAAAGAAGACGGUGGUAACUGGCAUUUCUGUAAGGGGCGGCACAGAGGCCAUGAGAUGUUUGGCUCCUGCCAGCAAGGCCUCUCAGCCACAUUUGACAAGGACUACCACUACUUCAUCUUUGGAGCCCCUGGAGCAUACAAUUGGAAAGGUGUGGUACGCUUGGAACAAAAUAACGACACCUUGGUGGAGAUGGGACAUUAUGAUGACGGUCCUUUUGAGGUGGGAGAUGAAAGUGAUAAGAACCCCGACCUGGUUCCUGCUCCUCCCAACAGCUACCUGGGCUUCUCUCUGGACUCAGGGAUGAGUCUGACCAAGAAAGGACAGCUGACAGUGGUGGCGGGAGCUCCAAGAGCAAACCACAGUGGAGCAGUGGUGCUGCUGAAGAAAGGCCUGGAGUCAAGCAAAAUUCUACUGGAAGAGCACACCUUGGAAGGGGAGGGACUUGCAUCAUCUUUUGGCUAUGAUGUGGCUGUUCUGGAUCUCAAUGCGGAUGGAUGGCAGGACAUCGUGGUGGGAGCACCUCAGUACUUUGAGAAGGAUGGAGUAAUUGGAGGAGCUGUCUACGUCUAUGUUAACAAAGCUGGAAACUGGAAGAAAGUGGCACCCAUCAAACUAGUAGGACCUCAGGACUCCAUGUUUGGCCAGGCUGUGGAAAACCUGGGUGACAUCAAUCAGGAUGGUUUUGAGGAUUUUGCAGUUGGAGCUCCUUAUGACGAGGAUGGUGCAGGAACUGUGUUCAUCUACCAUGGAUCACAGGAAGGACUCAAGUCUACAAAAGCUGCACAGGAAUUAUCCGGCAAGCCUUUAGGAGUGAAGCUGUUUGGUUACUCUCUGGCAGGCAACAUGGACCUGGAUAAGAACCUUUACCCCGACCUGGCUGUCGGAUCCCUCUCCGACUCUGUCUUUGUCUACAGAGCCCGUCCAGUUAUCAGCAUCGAGAAGGUUAUCCAGUUCACACCAAAAGAGAUUGACCUGACGAAGAAAAACUGUGGAAAAAACUUCUGCUUGGAAGUGAAGGCAUGCUUUUCCUACACUGCCAACCCCAAGAGCUACUCUCCCAGACUGACUGUGGCGUACAACCUUGAGGUGGACGCUGAUCACAGGAAGAAUGGUCUUAAUCCCAGGGCGACCUUCACCUCAGAUAAUAGCUACAUGUCCAAAGGGACCAUAACUUUGGACACCAAAGGAACGGAAAAGUGUGUCAUCCGUAAGCUUGCUGUACAGGAUAAUAUUCGAGACAAGCUGCGUGGAAUCGCUAUCGAUGCAUCUGUGGAAAUCCAGGGCGCCACACGUAAACGCAGACAGAGUUCAACUGCUCAACUGGAACCUGUCCUCGAUGAAAUUGAGCCAAAACGAGAGCUAGUGAAUUUCGUGAAGGAGGGUUGUGGCAAGGACAAUGUUUGUCAGAGUAACUUGCAGGUGAAAUAUCGCUACGGCUACAGAUCACCUGAAAAAGUCUUCUCUCCAUUAGGAUUGGAGAACGGCGUGCCUGUGAUCUCACUCAGCGACCAGAAGGACAUUGCUUUGGAGGUGACAGUAACCAAUCUGAUUGGAGAUGAUGCACAUGAAGCAAAAGUGAACGCUUCCUUCCCAUCUUCCCUCACGUACUCCGCGUAUCGCAGUCCAACAGAAGAGGUAACUUGCAGUGCCAAUAAAGAUGGUUCAUCUGCCAUGUGUGAUCUUGGAAACCCCUUCAAACGCGGCUCAGAGGCAACCUUCUACAUUAUUCUGGGUACGUCACGUAUCUCUCUUAACACUACUGAACUGGAGAUUGAUCUUCAGCUAUUAACGACCAGUGAUCAGAAAAUACUCCCUAUCAAAGCAAAGGCAAAGGUGGCCAUUGUGUUGCAGCUGUCUGUAUCAGGAAUAGCCCAGCCAUCUCAGGUCUACUUUACAGGGAAGGUCAAAGGAAUGGAUGCCAUGAAGACUGAAAGUGACAUUGGCAGUGCCAUUACACACCAGUUCAGAAUAAUCAACCUGGGAAGGAAAUUGACAGGUUUAGGCACCGCCACCCUUGACAUUGAGUGGCCAAAGGAGACAACGGAUGGAAAGUGGAUGCUCUACCUGAUGAAGAUCAGCUCCACAGGCGUGCAUCAGAACGAGUGCACUCCUAAGGCCGAGAUCAACCCUCUCAAUAAGGAAGCAAGUAACACCAGGACGAGAAGAUCCACAGAAGACACCAAGGGAAAUGAGGAGGGCUCUAUUUCACGUUUACUUGACAAGAGGACAUCUAAAACUCUGUCAUGUGAUAAUGGGGCAAAGUGUGUGAAGAUAAGGUGCCCCCUGCAGGGCCUCGACAGUAAUGCAGUCUUCACUCUCAACUCUCGCCUCUGGAACAGCACCUUCAUAGAGGAUUUCUCCAGUUUUCAUCAUUUGGAGGUGAUAGUGAAGGCCUCUUUGCACGUUGAUGGCACAUCAAAGAACACAGUGCUGGAAAAUGCUGAGACACAGGUGAGACUGACUGUGUUCCCAGAGAGGCGUGCAGCCCAGUAUGGAGGAGUGCCAUGGUGGAUCAUUGUGUUGUCCAUCCUGUUAGGGCUGCUGUUGCUGGGCCUGCUGGCUUUCCUUCUCUGGAAGUGUGGCUUUUUUAAGCGUGCCAAAUAUGAAGAGAAGGUUCCCAGUUACAAUGCUGUUCGGAUCAAACGUGAAGAGAGAGCUGUAAACCCUGGGAAUGGUAAAUGGGAAAAUCUGGAAAAGAAGCCAUGGAUGACAACCUGGCAUGACAAUGAACAUUAUUCUUAACAGCCAACAAAAUCUGACUCCAUACAGAUUCCUGUCACUGACC